UGCAUCCUGGCGUGAUUGAUAAAGUUCCAGGUCUUGGCGAACUCUCUUUUGCAUUUUCCAUACUUGCAACAAAUGACUCUUCUGUUCCUGCCAGGGCCUUUGCUUCUAAAGUAAGUAAUUGAAUGUUCAUAUUUCUUAAAAAUUAGAUCACUGUCUUGCUUGGGCUCUUCAUCAAGAAAAUUCAUAAAGCCAAGGUCUGAGUCUUCUUUGUGAAUUUUCAGAGUCUUCUUAGCUUUCUGGGAAGUCUCUAGACUUUCUCUUUUGGUUAACAGUAAUCCUUUAUUUUGAUCAGAUUGAAUGAAUGUUUUCUCUUUUUUCUCAGAAUUUAAACUUUGAUUUCUUGGAGAAAGCAUUCUUUCUACUAAAGAUUUUAAUAACAAAGCUUCCUGUUUAUCAAAUUGAUAGCUUUCUUUACUACAUUUAUCUGACUCUUGCUCUUCAAUGGUCAGAAGAGGUUUUGCAGUGCUUCUCUUCUCAGGAGGUAAUAGAGUUGGUAUCAUAACUGAAUCUUUCAGAGUAAACACAAGAGGGAGAUCAAAUGUAUUCCAUUUAUUUAGUAUCAGCCAAAACUGCUCGAUAUAUCGAUCAAUUAUGGCUUGUAAGAAUAUUGUGAGAUAUUUUGGAUUUAGAUAAGUCUGAUUGGUACAUCUUA